AACGCGCACAGACAACAUUCACCAUCAAUAUCUAUCUUGCAAACAACUCUUGCUUCUUAACCUUCCCUACUUAAUAAAAUGUGAAGGGAGAAAAACACACACACACACACAGACACUUCUCUUUCCCUUGGAUCUCACCUCACAAGAAAUAACCAUAACUGGGUUGAUUCUGAAGAGUUUGAUCAUCAAGGUUUCAUUCAUCUAAAAAAAAUGGAGUUACAUACAGAUUUGGCAGACACCCAACAAAAGCAAAAACAGCAUUUCCAUGUGCUAGCAGUAGAUGAUAGUCUCAUUGAGAGGAAGCUCUUGGAGAGACUCCUCACAGAAUCUUCAUGCAAAGUGACUUGUGUGGAUUCUGGGGACAAAGCUCUUGAAUAUCUGAGCCUGCUUGAUAGCCAAGAGAUUGAGUAUUCAACGGAUUUAUCCUCUUCUCCCCCAUCAGCACAACAAGAGGCUGGGUACAUGAAAGUAAACUUGAUCAUGACGGACUACUCAAUGCCCGGGAUGAGCGGCUAUGAUUUACUAAAGAGAGUAAAGAUGCAGGGAUCUUCGUGGAAAGACAUACCAGUAGUGGUCAUGUCGUCAGAGAAUGUGCCCUCCCGAAUAAACAUGUGCAUGGAAGAGGGGGCAGAGGAAUUCCUACUGAAGCCUCUUCAGUUAUCAGACCUGAAGAAGCUUCAGCCUCACCUUCUGAAAUCUCUGGUUCAUCCUACUGAAGACAUAUCUACUUCCAACGACCAUGGCAGUGACAAUAACAUGAUCCACGACAUCGCGUUGAACGACAGCGACAACCUUGUGAGUGAAAGGAAAGUUAUGUCUCCGGAGCCAUUAGAGAGAAGACCUAAAAUAAAUGGAUUACUUGUCGUAUAACUAGCGUUUAGAUAUAUUUCUGUACAUAUGUUAUAAGAUUAAGGAAUUUAUUUCGUAAGGUUUUGUGGCAA